UCCAGCCGAAAACCAUUCAUUCUAUCUUUGAAAGCCAAAGAGACAAUAGUUCAGACAUUCCCAAUGGAUCUACUCAGCCCCGAAGAAUGUCUGCUCAUAGCUCAGAGGACACUGAAAGAAAAGGAUAAAUCAAACCUUAUACUCUUGGACUCCCAGCUAGAGGCUGGCUCCAACGAGCUCAUGGGUUACAUGGGGGAGUAUUACAAAUUGAAAUUGACGGUGGAAGACACUGCAGAUAAGGAGAAACAUAAUCUGGAUUAUUUUAUCAAAAGUUUGCCGCGUAAAAACGAACCGCAACGUGCAGAGUGCGAGCGCAAGGGGGUGUUCCGCAAGGAAUCAGCCAUUUACACAGAAAUACUACCAAAUGUACAAAAAUAUGCCACAAAGAAGCUCUUUCCAAAAUGCUUCUACAGUCGUAAUGAUAUCAUAGUCCUGGAAGAUCUCACCCAGGAAUAUCGACAUCUCAAGGCCUCGGAGGGCUAUACCCUGGAGCACUACAAACUGGUACUCGAACAUUUGGCGGAGGUACAUGCCGCCAGCAUAGCCUGGGAGGAAAAGGACCAAGUCAACAUUUGCGAGCGCUUCAAGGAUGUGCUGAUUGAGCUGCACUUGAGCAUGGAUAACUCUUGGUUCACGACUGGACUGAAAGCAAUUGUCUUCCUGGCCGCCAGACAUCCCCAAUAUCAAACAGAGGAACAUCAGAGUUUCAUCAACAAUAAACUGUACAAUCUACUGACCAAAUCAGAGGAACUGGUGACCCCCUCGCUGACCAUAAGGAAUGUCCUGUGUCAUCGGGAUACCUGGGAUCGGAAUAUCUUCUUUCGAUUCGGGAGUGAAUCAUCCGCUCUGCCCAGUGCCUGUUGUAUUGUGGACUUUCAGUUAGCAAAAUACUGUUCCCCCACUCUCGAUGUCCUCUUCCUGCUGUACAUUGUGGCCUCGGCAAGUUUGCGGCGGGUGAUCUAUGAAGAGUGCCUGGACCACUAUCACCUUGCUCUGCAAUCUCACUUAACUCGUCUGGGACUGGAUGGCGAACUCAUUACGCGGGAAAACUUUUUGGGGGAAUGCCAACGCACUCGGCUGGCUGCUCUGAUCAUUUGGGCCCUCACCGAACCCCAAACCAAGAUGUCGUCCAGCGUUUCGAAUCGACUACGCUCGGAGGAGCCCGAGAAGUUUGACUAUUAUCUCAACACCGAUCGCAGUGAGAUGCUGCUGCGGGUGAUGAAGCUUCAGCCCGGCUACGAACAGACUAUAAUGUCACCCGUCAAGGAGCUUGUGGAUUAUCUCAUCGAAAACGAACACUUGUAUGCCUAGAAAUGUCGGUCUUAUCGUACUGUGAUCUUUAGA